AUGGAGUUCGGCUUCCGUGGACGACACCACGAGCCGCCGGGCGGGGCCACGCCCGGGGCGGCCUCGCCGGAGGGCCCGCCCGAGAGCGAGACCACAGGCAGCAGCAGCGGCAGCAGCAGCAGUAGCAGCAGUAACGAGACGCUCGCAGUCCUGCGGCGGUUCGAGAAGACGCACCGCCUGGACCCGAACCUGCCGGCCGACGAGCUGCGGGAGGUCGACGCCGUGCUGGCGAGCGGCAACGCCGAGAAGGGCGUCGAGAUCGAGCAGGUGCUCGUCGAGGACAACUCGCCAUAUCAGGAGGUUCGAGCGGCUGUGCGGAAUCACGACAUCGACGUGCCGGCAAACACAAUCCGGGCCUGGACCAUAGGGCUGCUCCUCUGCACCCUGGGCUCCGGGGUCAACGUGGUCUUCUCCCUGCGGUCGCCGAGCGUCACCAUCAACACGUACCUGAUCCAGCUGGUGGCCUACCCCAUCGGGCUGCUCUGGGAUCUGGUGUUCCCGGACCAUCAGUUCGACGUGCUGGGCCUGAAGUUCAACCUCAAGCCGGGGAGGUUCAACUUCAAGGAGCACGCUGUAAUAACAGUAAUGUUUAAUGCCGCGUACGGGGGCGGCACGCUCUACGCGACCGACGUCAUCCUGGCCCAGCAGCACUUCUUCGGGCAGGCGCUCGACAUGGUGUGGCAGGUGCUGUUCGCCGCCACGACGGCGUGCCUCGGCCUCGGGCUCGCCGGCCUCGCGCGCCGGUUCCUCGUGUGGCCGGCGGCCGCCAUCUGGCCCUCGGCGCUCGUGGGCGCCUCGCUCAUCGGCAGCCUGCACGACCGCUCGGCCUCGGACCCGGCCGAGACGGACGGCUGGGCCGCGGGGCGGCACCGCUGGCUCCUGGCAGUCGCGGCGGCGGCCUUCCUCUGGCACUGGCUCCCCGGCUGGGUCUUCCAGGGCCUGACGUGGUUCUGUUGGAUCACGUGGGUCUGGCCCGAGAGCGUCGUCGUCAACAAGCUCUUUGGCGGCUUCAGCGGCUACGGCCUGAUGCCCGUGACGCUCGACUGGUCCGUCGUCGCGGGCUACCUGGGGUCGCCGCUGGUCCCGCCCUUCCACGCCGUGGCCAACACGGCGGCCGGCGUGCUCGUCUUCUUUGUUGUCACCUCGAUGGGGCUGCACUUCUCAGGCCACUGGUACGCCGACUACAUGCCGGUGCAGAGCUCCGACGCCUACGACAACACGGGCCGGUCGUACGAGGUCUCGUUCGUACUGGACAAAAACCUGCAGUUCGACGAGGCCGAGUACCACACCUACUCGCCACUCUACUUCUCGACCCAGACGGCGCUCUCGUACGGGCUCGCGUUCGCGGCCACGGCAGCCGUGGUCGUGCACGUCGCGCUCUACCACGGGGGCGACCUUUGGGCCCGCCUCAAAGACGGGGCCCGGCGCGAGGACGACGACGUGCACAUGCGGCUGAACAGAAAGUUCCGCGAGGCCCACGACUGGUGGUACGCGGCGCUGCUCGUCAUCACGGCCGGCGCCUCCUUCGCCGUCGUCUGCGCCUGGCCUACGAGCCUGCCGUGGUGGGGCUUCGUCGUCUGCGUGGCCGUGCCGCUGAUAUGGACGGUACCCAUCGGCGUCGUGCAGGCCGCCACCGGCAUCCAGCUAGGGCUGAGCGUCUUCACACAAUACCUGGCCGGCUACGUGCUGCCGGGCCGCCCCGCGGCCGUGAUGCUGUUCAAGAGCUACAGCCACCUGUGCGUUUCGCAGGCCUUGUCGUUCGCGCAUGGGCUCAAGCUGGGCCACUACAUGAAGGUGCCGCCGCGCGUGCUCUUCUGGUCGCAGCUGGUGGCGGCCGCCUGGUCGGCCGUGGUGCAGGUGCUGGUCAUGACGUGGGCGCUGGGGGCCAUCGACGGCGCGUGCGAGGAGACGCCCCGGAACCGCUACGUCUGCCCCGGCGCGCGCUCGGCCUUUACGGCCUCGGUCGUCUGGGGCGCCAUCGGCCCGCGUCGCCUGUUCGGCCCGGGCGCCCUGUACGCGUCGCUGCAGUGGUUCUGGCUCCUCGGCGCCGCGGCCCCCUUCGCCACCUGGCUGCUCGCCCGCCGCUUCCCGCGCUCGCUGUGGCGGUACGUGAGCAUGCCAGUGUUCUUUGGCGGCUCCGGCUUCAUCCCGCCCGCGACGGUGUAUGUGUAUCUCUGCUGGGCGCUCGUGGGCACAAUCUUCAACUACUUCAUCAAGCGGCGCUUCCCGGGCUGGUGGGCGCGCUACAACUACGUGACGUCGGCGGCGCUCGACUGCGGCCUGGCCGUGGCCGCCGUCGUCAUCUUCUUCGCCCUGCACAUGACCCAGGCCGACGUCAUGGUGUGGUUCGGCAACGCCGAGGCGCUCGGCACCCUGGACAUGACGUCCAGGGCCAUCAAGUCGAGCCUCCCCCGCGGCGGCAUCUUCGGGCCCGGGUCGUGGUCGUAGCCUCCGUCUCGCCCCGGUCCGCGAGGGCCGCUGUGGUGGUGCGGGCGUCUUCGGGCCGGUCUGCGUGUGGGCUGCUUUUGGUCUUUUGUUCUCUUUCUGUAUAAUUAGGUGGUGGCCCAGGGUGCGGCUAGAGUCUCU